AUGGCCUCUACCAUUGUCCUCAACGGAAAAAGUGUCGCGAAGUCGGCUCUAGAAAAGGAUGCAUCAGCGUCAAACUACAUACUGAUUCAAACUACCGGGGACCCUCUUGACAAUACACAAAAGAAGAAGCUGAAAGACCUCGGCGUUCAAAUUCAAGAAUUUGUCGGAGAUGAAGAAGGAAGUCAGCUGUAUCUUUGUGGAUAUAAGGAAGAACCUCUUGAUGUCAUCCGUGAUCUGGAUUUUGUCGACUACGCCAAUGUCUAUGUAAAUGACUUUGUUGUGCCAGCGGACACUCUUCCACCAUCCGGAAGGCAAACUGCUGACGCAGAUGCCAGUCACAAAGUUAUUGUUGACGUUGACGUACUACUGCAUCAUGAUGUCAAAGAUCUUGGUUCUGGCCUCGUACGUCAAAUUGCCGACGCAGCCAAUGUCGAAACACAUGAAAUUACUGCAGAGAGUGGCGUCUUGAGACUCAAGGUUGACCUAAACAACCUUGGCCGCAUCGCUGCGAUCGAUGAAGUCCGAGUCAUCCAUCCGGUCAAAGAACGGAAGUUAUUCAACAAUGUGGCUCGAAAACUUCUGAAUGCUGAUGAUGUCAAGCUCAACGAUACCACAUACCAGGGCGAGGGGCAGAUCGUUGCAGUGGCAGACACCGGCUUUGACAGAGGCAGCGUAACAGAUACGCAUGAAGCGUUUGAUGGGAGGGUGGUAAAACUCAUCCCCUUGGGUCGCCCUCCAAGAGGCUCAACAAGAGGUAAGGCUGAUGAUCCAGACGGACAUGGGACGCAUGUUUGCGGCUCAGUCUUGGGUAGUGGCUCAUCGUCGUCGGAAGGGAAAAUCGAAGGCACUGCUCCUGGCGCAGAACUGAUUGUUCAGUCACUUUUGAGUAAACUUGGACCCCAAGCCCAACUUGGAGGAAUUCCUCGAGACCUAGGCGACCUCUUCAAUCAAGCAUAUAUGCUCGAUGCUCGGGUACAUACCAACUCCUGGGGUACACCACUCGACGAGGACAGUGGUAUCCAAAAUCCUUACGACGGAGGCGCUGAAGGGAUCGACAACUUCGUCUGGAAUAAUCAAGACAUGACAAUUUUGUUCGCCGCUGGAAAUGACGGACAAGAUAAAGGACCCGGUCGCUCCAUGGAUGGUAAGAUCAAUGAGAGAUCACUGGGAGCAGAGGUUGCAGCCAAAAAUUGCAUCACCGUUGGUGCGACCGAGAAUUUGCGCCCAGAUCUCAAUUCGGGGGUCCAAGGAGUUCCCUACACUUACGGAGCAUUCUGGCGAGAUUCAUUCCCAAAGAACCCUCUCAAAGACGAUCUUAUGGCCAACAACCCGGAGGGCCUUGCUGCCUUCAGCAGCCGUGGACCAACAGCGGAGAACCGAUUGAAGCCUGACGUUGUUGCCCCUGGAACGGCCAUACUCUCCACACGGUCUAGGAACAUUGUCAACACGGCUGAUAUUGGUGACUUUGGCGCUGUGUCAGAUAGCAAAUACUUCUAUUUGGCUGGUACGAGCAUGGCGACACCGCUUGUGGCAGGCUGUUGUGCUGUUAUCCGUGAAACCCUGGUCAAGAAUGGCUAUGAGGACGUAACCAACGGGGUAAAGAACCCGACAGGAUCCCUGGUGAAAGCUCUCCUCGUUAAUGGUGCUGUUCCCAUUCAUGGCCAGUACAUGCCUAAGGAAGUUGGCGACGAGCCAAAUCCACACUCUGGCUUCGGCCGCGUCAAUUUAGCCGGCUCCAUAUCACUGCCGGGCGACAGAUCUACCGGGUAUGGCAUUGGUAUCAUCUCAGACUCCCGACAACCUUUCGAGGUCUCUGUGCCUGUUCCAUCAGCAUCAGCUUUGGCCCAGCAAGUGCCAAAUGGGCAAACCAACCCAGGUUCCUCCCCUGCAGGCCUCACUCUGAAAGUCACCCUGGCAUACGCUGACUUCCCUGGUGCCCGCUUGUCAAACGACCUCAAUCUCAUCAUCGUGGCUGGAGACAAAGAGCGACAUGGCAACCAGUGGAACGCUGAGUUCGAGAUAGGAUCUCACCAACCUUUUGAUCGCCGCAACAAUGUAGAGCAGAUCGUGUGGGCCAACGUGCCAGGCGAUCAUGUGAAGAUAGUCAUCAAGGGAUGGCGUUUGACCAGUGACGAAAUCCCAUUUGCGUAUGCCUGGAAGUUCUUCUGA